AUUGGGCAUGGUUUAGGCCAAAAAACACUGGAGAAUUGCUUAAGGCAGAGGGGUCUCAAAGGAAAUCCAUACAAGUUACUCUAUGGAGAUUUAAAUGAGCUGACAAAAAGCAUAGUAGAAGCCAAGUCUAAGCCUAUCAGUUUCUCUGAUGAUAUAGCUCAAAGGCUCAUCCCUUUUUUCCUUGACUCCAUCAACAAAAAAGGUAAAAAUUCUUUCAUCUGGCUAGGCCCAUACCCGGUAGUGUUGAUCACAGAUCCUGAACAUGUAAAGGAGAUUUUCACAAAGAAUUAUGUGUAUCUAAAGCAAACUCAUCCCAAUCCAUUUACCAAGUUAUUGGCUAAAGGUCUUGUAAGCCUUCAGGAAGACAAAUGGGCCAAACACAGAAAAAUCAUUAAUCCUGCCUUCCAUGUAGAGAAGUUAAAGCAUAUGCUGCCAGCAUUUUAUCUGAGUUGUAGUGAAAUGCUAAGCAAAUGGGAGGAGAUUGUUCCAAAGGAAACAUCAUUGGAGAUUGAUCUAUGGCCAGACCUUCAAAUGAUGGCCAGCGAAGUCAUUUCUCGCACAGCAUUUGGCAGCAGCUAUGAAGAAGGAAGAAUAGUAUUUGAACUUCAGAAAGAACAAGCUGAGUAUGUAAUGGAAGUAGCACGUUCAAUUUAUAUACCUGGAUCAAGGUUCUUGCCUACUAAAAUAAACAAAAGAAUGCUGGAAAUCGAAAAGGAAAUUCAAACAUCAAUUAGGCGCAUCAUUGACAAAAGAUUGAGGGCAAUGGAAGGAGGGGAGAAUAGUAGAGAUGACUUAUUAGGCAUAUUACUUAAAUCCAAUAUGAAAGAAAUUGAACAACAUGGAAGCAAAGAUUUAGGAAUGACAACAAUAGAAGUGAUUGAAGAGUGCAAGUUAUUCUAUUUUGCUGGACAAGAGACAACUUCAGUGUUGCUCAUAUGGACAAUGAUUUUGCUGUGCCUACAUCCCGAGAGUGGCAAGAAACGUGCGAGAGAGAGGUUUUGCGGUCUUUGGGAAUGA